UCUCUUUACAAGGAUACACGUCAUUUUCAUGUAAGGCCCGAAUGUUAAACAAGAGUAGCUCCAUGAUAGACAGCCAAUGUAAGACAGCAGCGUUAGAGGAUUCUUCUUUGAUUAUUUUACCACAACACUACGUUUCGCAGAACAUUAUUAGCCAAGCAGAUACAGAGCAGUACACACCACCGAAAAUGAUCUCCCAAACUGAUAAUUUUUUGUUUUAUCCUGAGUCUUGCUACUUGGAUGACCAGCAACUGCCAUUCUACGAGCCAGAGACGUUAAAGUUUGACACCAUCUUGAGUGACUUCCAGAGCUACUGGAAUCAUAACGAGAAUGCAAUCGAAACAAUUCCACAAGCGACUAGUACAACACAGAGUUUUCUUACUCCAACCCCAAUUUAUACAAGUGACACGUGGCAGUUGAAACCAAUAGAGCAUUGGCAUCCUUCCGAUGUUAUUGAGUGGUUGUUCGAUUGGGCAACACAUCACAGGAUAGACACACUGGAUGUCAAUAUGCCAGCUUUCAGCAAAUUCUGUGGAGAAAGUUUAAGUCGAAUGAGUCGAUGUGAAUUUCGCGAACUAGAUGUCCAACAUGGCGACAAUAUUUACGAAGCUGUUCAACAACUAAUAGGCAGCCAAGAUUCUCAUGGAUGUGGUGAUAUUAGCCCCAGAAGUGACUUGAGUAACUAUAAUGAGGAACCUCUCGUCACCACUGUUUCCUUUGAUAAUGAAAAUGUCGUGGAUGAACAGGAUAUAUCUUCAAGAAACAAAAAACAAGGCGCCGGGCGACGAGGGAGGCCACCUAAAAAAGAUGCCAAAUGCAGAAAUCGGCAAGGCAAAGGAUUGGGAAAAUUGUGGGAGUUCAUCCGGGAUCUUCUUCUGAAUCCAAACUAUAAUCCGGCAUAUAUUCGAUGGGAACGACGAGAGGAAGGAAUAUUUAAAUUUGUACAGUCCGAGAAAGUCGCCAAGUUAUGGGGAGAUCGUAAACAGAAUACAAAAAUGACGUACGAGAAAUUAAGUAGAGCUAUGAGGUACUAUUACAAAAGCCAAGUGCUUCUUCCAGUGUUUGGUCGACGGCUGGUUUACAAGUUUGGGCCCAAUGCUACAGGCUGGAGGCUACAAGAGGCGGAUCUGUCCUACUAACUCCUCUUACGAUUGGAAACCACUGAAACCGAAUAUUUGGAUUUUAGUUGUGUAAAAUCGUGGAAACAAAUAGUUAUUAAAAAAUAAUAAUUUUCAA